UAGAAAAGUAAAAGUGGAGUGGAAAUAUUCCAAACAGUCUUGCUCAGUGACUUGAAAAUGAGAUUUAUGCCAUCUACCUAGGCAGAGCUUUAAAUUACCAGGCCUAAUUCGUGGCUUAUCCGUUUCACGGCUUCGUUUCACUGUGCUGCUGUGUUCCCACAUUUAACCACGAUACAAAAGGCUAUCUUAUCUCGCUUGAGCUCUAGACUCGAAGUGCAAAAAUAUCUAAUGACCAGAAUGAACUCGACAACUUACACAACUCAUACCAAAAUUCUUCAAUACUAAUCAAUUAAUAACUUUUACCUAUACAAAACGUGAAGAAUACGUCAAUACUAAUUAACACUCUUGUCCGCCUAAUAUAAAAUUUAAACGGUUUUCCUAGUAAGACCAGCUAAUAUUUGGUAACUUGACACAUUGCCAACUGCCAACAAAGAUAAAAUUCUGCUGACCGCUUUUAACAUUAACCACUUUUCGACUCCGGAAUACUCUGUAGCAUAUGAAAAUAAAGUUAAAAGAUCGAUUAUUCAAUUACAAGACGCGAGCAUAUGUCAAAAAUAAUAAUAUCCAAAUAAGCUAUAGCAACAGCAGCCAACACAAAUACAAUACAAUGAAAGAUAAGCUGGAGGAGGUUGUGGCUUACAGUAGAAAAGUGUCUACGACAGCGGCCAGCAUACACGAAAUGGAUUUAGAUGAAUCUGAGCUGAAUGAUCCAUUCCUGGCGCUCAUGGAGAAGGCGGGCAACCAUGGACGCUAUCAGACACUCUACAAUUAUGUGUUUGUCGCUGGCCUGGCCUUUGCCGGUGCCAUGAUCUACAUGAACAUCAUAUUGGCGCUCAAUAUGCCCGAACACUGGUGCACUGUGCCGGGCAGGGAGCUCACAAACUACACGCUGGAUCAGUGGCGCGAUUUAACAUUGCCCAAACAGACAGACAACCGGGGGAAGGAGACGCACAGCAGCUGUGAAAUGUACGAUAUGAACUUUACAGAAGUAACCGAUUUCACAGCCUGGACCAAUAGCCGCAGCAAAAAUCAAACCACAGUUUGCCAGCACGGCUGGAGCUACGACCAGACCUGGUAUGACAGCACAAUACCCACCGACCAGAACUGGGUCUGCGCCAAGGAUUUGUUUGUAACAAAUGUGUUCGUUGUGGGCCGCGUUACGGAGGUGGUCGGUUCAUUUAUAUUUGGACAAAUGGGCGAUUCCCUUGGACGCAGCGUGGUCUACUACAUUAGCGUCGUCUUCUGCUCGGUGGGACGCCUGGGCUCCGUUCUAUGCACGUCCUCAUAUACAUGGUUUCUCAUCAUGUCCGGCAUUGUGGGCCUCACCGUCAACAGUCUCUUUCAAUCGCCGCAAAUUAUUGGCAUGGAAAUCUCACGGGAGGAGGAUCGCAGUCGAAUUGCCUUCUUUCAGAGCGUCGGCUGGUCCGUGGGCACAACGCUGAUGCCGCUGCUGUUCUGGUGGCUGCGCCACUGGGAAUCCUUUAUGUGGCUAACAUCGCUGCCCACGGCGAUGGUUUUAAUUUUCUCAAAAUACGUCAUCGAAUCGCCGCGCUGGUUGAUUAGCAAGCAGCGCUACCGCGAAGCCAUUGUGCAGUUCAAGAAGAUUGCCAAAAUUAAUGGGCGCACAUUCGAUGUGACCGAGAAAGAGCUGACCGAAAUCUAUAGCCUGGACAAGCAAGAGGUAACCUAUGGCAUGGCCUCGCUGUUUGCCGGCUGGCGUCUGGCGCGAAACACCACCAUCAUGGGUUUUAGCUGGUGCGUGGUUGCCGUUUCGUACUUCACAUUGGUGCUCUUCAGCUCGCGGAUGGCGGGCAAUCCGUUUUUGAACUUUUUGUACCAGAGCAUUGUGGAAAUACCCGCCUACAUGGUCGGCAGAUUCCUGGGCGACAAAUACGGACGCCGCUUUACCAAUUCGGUAUCCUUUCUCGUCUCCUUCAUCACCUGCGUGCCCAUCAUUGCCUAUGCCACGGAUGAGCGCUUCGAGUGGCUGAUGAUCUAUUUGGCCACGUUCAUCAAAUUUCUCAAUGCGGUUACAUUCUUUACGGCCAAUCUGCAGUGCCUGGAGAUCUAUCCGACGUGCAUGCGUCAGACAGGCAUUGCACUGGGCACCAUUUUGGCGAAUGCGAUUGGCGUGCUGGCCCCGUAUCUGGUGUAUCUGGGGACGACAGUUAACAUACGCGCUCCUUAUUAUAUACUGGGCACCCUGUUUCUGCUGGGCGGAAUCGGUGCCCUGUUUCUGCCAGAGACCCUGCACAAGAAGCUGCCAGACACCAUCAAGGAGGCAAGGAACUUUGGCAGGCACGAUAAAUUCUUCAGUCUGCCAAAAGCGCCGCUGGCCCAGGAAAAGAAGUCUACAUCUCAGCCGGAGCUAACCAAGCUGAAUCAGCCGGCAUUUGCGCCAUGAAUGAGAAGCUGAAGAUGAAGCUGAAGCUGCAGCUGAAGUUGAGGCAGAAAGGCAAUUGAUUUGGUUGGCCCGUUGUGAUGUUACAUUAAGUACGCCCCAAGUAUUACGAAUAAAGUG